AUGCUUGUGAACUUGCAGGUUACGAGAGAAUUCCAUGAGGCAAUUCAUCCAUUCAGGAAGAGCCUAAGUUGGGAGCAUGUACCUGUUGCAGAUAUUGGCAACUCAAAUAUUUGCGGACUAGACCAUGGAACAAUGCACCCAGAAGUUGAGGCACUGACACAUUAUUUCCAGUCUUUGGAUACUGGAGGACAGAGUAUGGUAAGGAGGAAGCUUCAGGCGAUAUAUUGUCCUGAAAGCAGUUCACUAUGUACUCCUGAGCUUCGGAUAAAGUCCAACUGCACUCUUAAGUUGAAGGAGAGCAAACCACCCAAGGGUCGAGCAAUAGGAUCCUUGACUCGUGAUCCUUCAGGGUUUGAACAUGUUGACAUGGAGAUCAAAGCGGCAAAGAAGGCUUCACAACCAGCAAAGAGGAAGAAGUGUGCCAAGAAGUCUGAUACAAGUCAUUUCAUGAUUCAUUUCCCAGCCUUUCUCCAUCCAUAUAUUCAGACAGUUACAGAUGUUGAGGAUGAUGGUAACUGUGGCUAUAGAUCCAUUGCUGCAUUACUGGGGCAUUCCGCUGGUGAGCACGGUUGGCCUUGGGUUAGGGCAAAGUUGAUAGAAGAACUUGAAAACAAUAGCUUCAUGUAUACUGAGAUGUGGUCCAGGCAGACUGUUGAUGCCUUACAUGCUAGACUCACUCUUCCUCUGGGUGAACCGGCCACCUAUGAUAAAUGGAUGCAACUACCAAAGAUGGGAUACCUUGUGGCAAAUAGGUUCCAAUUGGUUCUCGUAACCUUAUCUGGUAUGGGUUGUAAUACAUACCUUCCACUGAGAGGUGCCGGUCCACCAUAUGUGUAUCAUGUUAUAUCUAUUGGUCAUGUGACAAAUCACUUUAUACAGGUCCAUUUAACUCCUGGACAUCCUAUGCCGCGUAUUGCUCUCCAGUGGCUCAGGUAUGUUGAUGCUACCUCUGAACACUGGUGCGACCCAUAUGGCCUACGUUUAGACAUGUACCUUGCAGAAUUCCAAGCUUGGCUUGGUCAUUUUAGUGGUCAUCAGGUGGAAUAUGUGGACAUCACCACAGACUGAGUGUUCUUCUAUUGUGCAAUAUUAAUUUGUAAACUCUCUAUAAUAUUAAUUUGGUCGUUUAGACAUGUACCUUAGGUUGUUGUUAAGGAAAACUAUGUAGACAUCACCAUAGAUUGGCAGGUUAAUGUGUGUGAUGGCCCUUAUCCUUAGGUUUUUGU